CGGGAGCUGUAGUCUGUGCCGCCUGCCCAGUCAGCGCCGUGCUUCCUGCCCGGCACUCGGAGCCCGGAGCCGCCGCCCAGGGGGAUGCGGGAGCCCCUGGUUCCGGGGAGCAGAGACGCAGGCGGGGAGCAGAGGGCGGCAUGUCCCAGGGCCCGGGAGCACAGCCAAGCCCACCCUCUGUGUACCACGAGCGGCAGCGCCUGGAGCUGUGCGCCAUCCACGCCCUCAACAACGUCCUGCAGCAGCAGCUCUUUAGCCAGGAGGCUGCCGAUGAGAUCUGCAAGAGGUUGGCUCCAGACUCCCGGCUGAACCCCCAUCGCAGCCUCCUGGGCACUGGCAACUAUGACGUCAACGUGAUCAUGGCCGCCCUGCAGGGGCUGGGCCUGGCUGCUGUGUGGUGGGACGGAAGAAGGCCCCUGUCCCAGCUGGCCCUGCCCCAGGUGCUGGGGCUGAUCCUGAACCUGCCCUCACCGGUGUCGCUGGGGCUGCUGUCCCUGCCACUGCGCCGGCGGCACUGGGUGGCCCUGCGCCAGGUGGACGGUGUCUACUACAACCUGGACUCCAAGCUCCGGGUGCCCGAGGCCCUGGGGGACGAGGAUGGCGUCAGGGCCUUCCUGGCGGCUGCCCUGGCUCAGGGCCUGUGCCAGGUGCUGCUGGUGGUGACCAGAGAGGUAGAAGAAAAGGGCAGCUGGCUGCGGACAGACUGAGCCCGUGGAGGAGGGACCCACGGCUGCCACCCCGCCCGUCCCUGCCAGUCCAGUCCACGCCCAGCUGCUGCGCAGGGAAGGACCAGACCUCACUUCAUGGGGCCUGCGGAAGCCCCAACUCCAUCCUCGCUCCCAAUGCCGCUACUGCCUCAAUAAAUCUGAUUUUUUUCCCAGCC